GGUCCACAUCUCUGCAUGCCCUUCGCAGGCUAGAGUGAGAUGGUCUGACACUCAGCCUCCUUUCAGGACCCCCAUUCUGUCUUGGGUCAUUAGACAUACAAAGCCUGCCUCUGCAGUCUCAGGGCUCUGAAACACCCUUUCUGAGAUUUUCUUUUCCCCAAGCUCUAUCUCUGGCGCCCUGCCUGGUUACCGUGGAAACAGGUUCCUCUGCGGACAAAGGAGGGAGCUGGUCCUGCUUCUUCCUGGUCCUGUAGAUGAGGAUUUUUAGACCGUGGAGACUGCGCUGCCCUGCCCUGCACCUGCCAUCACUCCCCGUGUUCUCGAUCAGGUGCAGCUUACCCUCCCUCACCACUGACACUGACGAGACCAUGUGUAAAAGCGUGACCACAGGUGAAUGGAAGAAAGUCUUCUAUGAGAAGAUGGAGGCAGCAAAGCCGGCUGACAGCUGGGACCUCAUCAUAGACCCCAACCUCAAGCACAAUGUGCUGGCUCCUGGAUGGAAGCAGUACCUGGAAUUGCAUGCCUCAGGCAGGUUCCACUGUUCCUGGUGCUGGCACACCUGGCAGUCGCCCCAUGUGGUCAUCCUCUUCCACAUGUACCUGGAUCGUGCCCAGCGUUCAGGCUCGGUGCGCAUGCGCGUCUUCAAGCAGCUGUGCUAUGAGUGUGGCACUGCGAGGCUGGACGAGUCCAGCAUGCUGGAGGAGAACAUCGAGACCCUGGUGGACAACCUCAUCACCAGCCUGCGCGAGCAGUGCUACGGUGAACCUGGCGGUCACUACCGCAUCCACGUGGCCAGCCGCCAAGACAACCGACGGCACCGAGGCGAGUUCUGUGAGGCUUGCCAAGAAGGCAUCGUGCACUGGAAGCCCAGCCAGAAGUUGCUGGAAGAGGAGGCGACCACCUACACUUUCAAGCCGCCACCCAGCCCCUCCAAGCCGCAAGCCGAGACGGGUUCUGGCUGCAACUUCUUCUCUGUCCCUGGUGCUUGUUUUGGGCCACGGUCCUACUGCUGAUCAUCUAUCUGCAGUUCUCCUUCCGCAGCUCAGUCUAAGAUUCUUUUCGUGGGCCCCAGGGAACUGUAGGGACCCGAGGCCAGGGGGCCAGCCAGCUAGUGGGAGGGGCGAAGAGAGACCAGGGAACAGGGUUAAGUUCUAACACUGAUGCCGCCACGGACUCAUUGGGUUCCUUGGGAAGAUCACCCAGCUUUUCCAUCUAUGAUAUCAUGGGGUUGGGCUAGAUCAUUGGUUUUUCCAAGUGAAACCCGGGGCCCCAAAUUUCUGCACAGGCGCCUCAGGGACUUUUGAAUUUGGAAGGCAGACUGAGUGAGUGGGUCUUCCGUCCUGGUGAAACCACCCACGCCCAACUCCUGCCUCCUCCUCCUGUUGCUUUACUCAGAACAGCUCCAUCUUGGAUGAAGCUCCAUUUAAAAUUUUGUUUUAAAAAAGAUGAACUGCUUUAAAAAAAGUUUGAAGAUUACAGGACUAGGUGAUCUCUAAAGGCCUUUCCACAGUGAUGAGUGCAUCCUUGUUUCCUUGUUAAGUCCCACCCCUAGCCCCUAUUAUCUCCAUCUGGAGCUGCGGCCUUAGAUUAAUGUCUGUGAGUGCACAAGCCUCAUCCACAGCUCUGCUUUCAUGUACACAACAGAAGUUCCUUAUGAAGAAAGAGAGGUGGGGUCACUAGGUUGUCCUUUUGCUGCUGGGUCCACAGGGUCCCUUGCUUCUCUUUUCCAGGCUCCCAGCUUCCAACUUCCUUUCACUCUGGGUGAAUUCUGGGGUCUACCUGGCUCAGAGAUGUUGUUUAGGGUGGAGCCCCAUAGAGCUAGGCUUCCCACCCGCUGUACUUGAACUGACAGAGAAUUUAGGGGAGGAUUAGAAGGUAGAG